AUGGAGACAACGCCGACAAGAGAUCUAGAACAUGGCAUGAAAGCCAUCACGGAGAAGUUCUUGAGGGCCUACCUCGACGCGAGCCAGCAGAACGACCCAACAGUGUUCUCUGCGACGCUCACAAGCGACUGCCGCCGGUAUAUCGGGCCUCCCAUCUUUCUCGCCACGAUGGGCCUCCCGGAAGGCUUUUCAUUCACCAACACCGAGUAUGAGGAUCUCUCACGCAAGGAUAUGGCUAUCUGGACUAUCACAUCGUGGAGGGCUAGGAACAUCACUGUAGAUGUUGCCAAUCGAAAAUCAGCAGCAACCUCAGAGUAUGUCGGCUCAUUGAGCGACGGGACAAGUUUCAGCAGGAACCUUGCGUGGUUUCUUGACUUUAACGAGGACGGGAGCCAGAUAACGCGCAUCUAUCAGUUGAAUGAUACACAGGAGGCAAAGGAUUUUCGGCUCAAGGUAGAGGCGCUGCAGGCCCAAGAUAAAGCAUAA